UUUGCCUAGCAAUUCCCAAAUUAAAAUAGAUCGCUGGUUAUCAUAGACUACCCCUCGCUCAGUUCCCACAGUUCGACGCCAUCCUCUGCAGCGAGCAUCUUAUCGGCGUCGUCCUAUUCUCAGGUCACGUCGACAAUUGUAAUUGCCGGCCCUGUGCGAGAAUCGCCUAUCUCCGUACGGUCACGAGAGCAAACACUGUUAGCAUCUCAGAUCCCUCAAGCCCUAGGUUAGAAAUUAAGGAUGCCGAAUGUCGCAAAGAUGAUCUCAAACAUAUAAUAAACUCGGCAUUUUUCAACUUAAAGUACCAAGGCAAAGCACAUUUUGUACAGCCUGGGAAGGUUCACCCAAGGUGGAUAGAUGUGAAAUGUUGUAUGCAGGACAAACAACUUGAAGGUGGUUAUUUUGUGAUGAGGAUGAUGUAUGAUAUCAUGGUCCGAGCAACAUUACCAUGUAUUGAUAAAAGUUUUGGCAAUGACGCAUCACCUCUUCAAAGGAAGGACAUCAAUGAAAUAAAAUCAAUGUUUUGUGCUCACUUGAAUUCAAAAUAUAAUGAGCUAAUUCAUUACACUAUGGAAGAUAUCCGUUCAGUAUUCGGCUUCGCAAAGUGAAAGACAACUUAAAUUGAUGUCGUUCUUCUCAUGGCAGGUGGAUUCAAAAGUUGGUUUUGAACACUCUUCUAAGGCGAUAAAAAAUCAGGGGCAGACUUGAAGCUUAGAGGAUGACUUCUGUUAUAGCUAACUUUUUGUUGCAAUAUGGGGUGCAAUAUCAAGAUUUGGUUUGCUACACAUAAUGAUAAUUCGUGAGAUAUAAUAUUAUUUUUGGAUGUUUGUUGGGAUACAUUAUCAAGUAGAAUAUUUUAUCGGAUGUUUAUUUGUUAUCAAGUUUUAGUAUGAUGAAUCUGGGAACUUUUUGUAUUAUUUUAAGUUGUAUGAAAGUACGAUUAAUAUCUUGCUAUGAUUUAAAUAAAGUAUUUGUGGAAUU